UGGAUUAUUGCAGAUUCAGCUUCCCGGGUUGGCGGCUGUUUUUGCUGCCGUUUUCUGGGAGACGGGACCGCUUAACCGGGAGAGAAAGAAAAGUAAUCGCAGGCUUCCGGGGAUACCAGGGCGGUUCAAACACAAAGUAAAUAUAAAUAUAUAUAUUUAAACAGUCUGUGCUAAACAGAAAGACGUUUUACAGAGCGGGACAGGGCGCAAGGAGAGAGAGCGGCCUGGAUUUACAUCGACGGGUUGCCUACUGACGAGAGUCUGCGGAUCUGCAGAGAGGAACAGGCCUGGUCUCUCAUUAAUCCCGAAAGCAAAAAAAAAACAUCGCAUUUACUGGAAGAAUAAAAUAAUUCGAAAACAGAUAAUGUCUAACUCAGAGUUCACAUGAAUUCUUCAUAAGAAAACACAAAGGGAAACGUGACAUUUUCAAAGAUGCUUAGACUUCUAGAUGCCAGAACAUCAGCCUAGUUUAAGGUGUUUGAUCUUUUGAAUGAAGAAAUAAAAAAAAAUACCUUUUAACUGAUGCCCUUCGCAGAAUUUGGGUGUACUUGUAAAGCUGGUUGCUUAUCCCUACGAACAAAGUUAAGCACAUUAUUGGAUUUUAACUCCCUUUUGUUUGUUCCUGUGGGCCACCUAUCUUCACUAAAAAGGACUCUACUCAGAAGAAACUGAUCUCUCCUCUGGGAAGGAUUUCUCCACCCAGACCCCUUCCAUCAGCUGUGUUUGACACCCAAUGAUAUAAAGUCGUCGUCCCCCCCCCCCCCCCCCCCCAUCUUGAACCCUGAAUCCCUACUCACGUGUCAGGAUGACGGAGGCGUGGCAACAGCAUGCUGUGGCCCCUCCCCCCGUGGUGCACACCAUCCCACCCGGUGCAGAGAGUGCACUGGGGUGUGCAGUCUACGGGAUCGUCCUGCAGCCAGACCCCACCCUACAACAGCAGCAACAGCAGCAGCAGCAACAUGCUGCCCAGGCACAGCAGUCCGCCCUUCAGGUUGGGGAAGGUGGGCAUAAGUGCGGGGCUUGUGGCCAUGACAUCUCUCAUCUGGCCAACCCUCAUGAGCACCAGUGUAUGGUGGGCCAGGACCGUUCCUUCCAGUGCACUCAGUGCCUCAAAAUCUUCCACCAGGCUACCGACCUUCUGGAACACCAGUGUGUCCAGGUAGAGCAGAAACCCUUUGUCUGUGGGGUGUGCAAGAUGGGCUUCUCUCUCCUCACCUCCCUGGCCCAGCACCACAAUGCUCACAGCAGCACUAACCCCAUGAAAUGCUCCAUCUGUGAGAAGACCUAUAGGCCAAACUCAGCAGGGGCUGGUAACACCACCCCAACAUCUUCAGCUGGCAAUCCUCAGCAGCCCUCUGUCGAGGUCCCUGAUAGGUCAGGGGCAGUAGUAGGAGGAACUGCCAGCGCAGGAGGUGUAGUAGUGGGUGCCUCAGCCCCGACAGAAUUUGAGGCCUCCUCCCCUGACCGACCAUACAAAUGCUCAAUCUGCCAGAAGGGUUUCCGGCACCUGUCGGAGCUGUCACGGCACGAGCGAGUGCAUACAGGAGAGAAGCCAUACAAGUGUGAUGCCUGCGAUAAGAGUUUCAGCCAGUCUUCGCAUCUGGCGCACCAUCAGCGCACCCACAGUGCUGAGCGACCCUACAAGUGCGCGGCCUGCGAGAAGAGCUUCAAGCACCGAUCCCACCUUGUGCGUCACAUGUACGCCCAUUCCGGAGAGCACCUCUUCAAGUGCAACCUGUGUGAGAUGCACUUCAAGGAGUCCUCUGAGCUCCUGCACCACCAGUGCACCCCAGCGGGAGAGAGGCCCUUCCGUUGCGCCACCUGCGGCAAGGGGUUCAAGCGCCCCUCAGACCUGCGGCAGCACGAGCGCACCCACUCUGAGGAACGUCCCUUUCAGUGUGAAGAGUGUCAGAUGAGCUUCAAGCAACAGUACGCUCUGGUGCGGCACCGGCGCACCCACAAGACCCAUGACCGCCCUUUCAAGUGCAACCUAUGUGACAAGGGCUUCCUGCAGCCCUCUCACUUGCUCUACCACCAGCAUGUGCAUGGCAUUGAGAGCCUCUUCAAGUGUGCAUCCUGCCAGAAAGGCUUUAGUCAGUCCGGGGACUUGCUGCGGCACAAGUGUGGUGGUGCAGCCUCAGCCAUUGCUGCUGUGGACAGGCCGUACAAAUGCGAUAUUUGCGGCAAGGCUUACAAGAAGUCCUCCACCCUUCAGCGGCACCAGAACUCGCACUGUGCUGAGAAGCCACUCAAGUGCACCCUCUGUGACCGACGGUUCUUGUCCUCCUCUGAGUUUGUGCAGCACCGCUGUGAUCCGGCACGUGAAAAACCACUCAAGUGUCCGGACUGCGAGAAGCGAUUCAAGUACUCCUCUGAUCUGCAGAGGCACCGACGUGUCCACACCGGGGAGAAGCCAUUCAAGUGCCCCAGCUGUGACAAAGGGUUCAAGCAGCGGGAGCACCUGGCCAAGCACCAGAGUGUGCACGCGCGGGAGGCCCAGUUUAAGUGUGUCUGGUGCGGCGAGCGCUUCGGAGAUCUUGGGGCACUGCAAGAGCAUAGUGUCCAGCACACUGCCGAGGGAGGCGGUUACCCUGUCCCACCCUGCAUACAGUAACUGGCGAGCGCAGAUACACCACUAACCCAUACUCAGACCUCCCCACUACCACCCCUUACAGUCUGGGACAUUGACUGUCAGAGAGACUGGUCACACUUUUUUGCAGCAUAUGUAUGUGUGUUUGGUCAGUGGGGGUACCUCCCUUCUUUAAAGACCUAUUUUUUUAUAUUGUUUUCCACCAGCUAGCUCAACUCUCCUUCCUUCUUGACCCCAGACUGGGUUAUAACUGGGAAAAAGUAUUGUUUUACUGGGGGGAAUAAGGGGGGCAACCAGCCACUAUCCCUACUUCUGAGACAGCUUUAUUUGGGUACGGGGAUUCAUUUUAUUCAAUGGGAUAAUACUGCUUGAUGAACAAGAU